CAUGAGUCUGAGAUUCUUCCCUUCCCCAAUUCAGAAAAAAAUUUCAUCCUCCCUGAAGAAAUUAUUCAUGAGGUAAAAGAAGGUAAAGUGAUGAUUGAAGAUGAUGUGAAAGAAGAAAUAAAGGAAGAGAUGGAAUCUCACACAGGGCCUGAAGAAGUAUAUGCGUCUAUGGGAAGCCUGGGGAAAACCGCUGAGAAGCCAAGCACUAAGGAGAAGGAGAGGACCUCCUCUGAAUCCGGAUCCAAAGAAGGAGGAGACAAAAGAAAGCGGAACAGAGUCACCGAGAAGGUCUUAAAUGCAAACAGCAAUCCCUCCAGUCCGAGUGCUGCAAAACGGCGCAGAACAUGAGCGACGGUGGAACAAGACUGGAGCGUGUUGAGAACUCUGAAACCUGGGCAGGGGAAAGUUUUGUAGCCUCUAGUUAGCAAAAAGGGGGGGGGGAAUGAGUGGAAAAUUCAUAGGCCCCAUGGGUGAGCAUGAGUCUGGUCGUCUCUCCUGAGAACAGAUAGUCUGCUGAUCGGCAAAGUCUGAGAACAGAUAGUCUGAUGAUGAACGGUGUCUUUAUCCUCAAAACGCUGGGAUGAGUCUGGCAGCUUUACAAGCCAGGGUGUGUUUACUGAGCAAGUCAGGCGGUGGCAUUUUUUACAUACCAGUUCCUCAGUCUAUACUUAGCACCUUUCUUGAAUCUGGUAUUUGGGGGGGGAAGGGAGCUACAGUUUUUGAAGAACUCCAAUGGCUGCUCUUUGAGACACAUUUGUCUCAUGCACUGGCGUUGCUAAGUUUUCAAGACAACAACAUUGUCUUAAGUCAGUCAUUGCUCCGUGAGACAUCGGAUACGCCGAAGGCCAGAGUAUCUCAUCGGAGAAGUGCACCAACUCGAGAAUGUUCUUUGCUUCUGUCGUGCUAAGCUUUGUCUCUUGGAAACUGCCAGUGCAAAUGACGGUUCAGACCGUAGACGAGUGGACCAUUAAGCAGUACAAAGAAGGGACUAUUUCUAGACAGAAGAGCUCAUUAAAUGUCUUAAAAAACAGGGCAGGCAAUGUUUGGUGUUUGGGCUGCAGAUCGUCUACAGGGGCCUUAAAAUAAAAUGUGAUAUGUGAAACAAAAGGUUCGGCAGAAGCUGCGGGGAGUAGACGAAAUGAGUUGUUGCCUCAGAUUUUCAUAACAUAUUAUUGCCCUCAUCAUCAGUGUCUUCGAUGUAAGCUGUUCUUUUAAAGUCAACGAAGUUGCUUGCAUCAAAGGUAUUUGCCAUGUUGGGGCAAUGUGUGUGUGUAUAUAUUUUUGUAUACAUUAUAAUUUAGUUCUUUUUUAAAAAAAAAAAAUACCACCACCACCAGAAGUUGUUAGAGGGAGACAAUGUUGAAAGUGGUAAUGUCUCGUUACUCCUAGAAUUCAGUGGGUAUCAGUUUUAAUUAAUUUAAAGUGCUUUGGCUUUUACACUAGGUUGUUGAACUGAUAGGAUUUGUAGUUUCUGGAUGACCAGAUAAUAAUUUUUCCCCUUAUUGGGGUGGAAAACAUAUUUUUAUAAGGAAAAGAAAACAAGUUCAUGAAUGAAGGCAGCUAAAAAGUUGCCAAUUUCAUUUUUGUAUGAACCUUUACUGUUCAAUAAAAGAGUU